GAGGAGAGAAGAAGUCCGCUGAAAGAAGAGAAGAAAAAAUGGCAGCAACAACAAAAAACACGUCAUUUGUGACUUUAUUGGACUUUUGAGGAGGAGGGAGAAGACUUAUGUUCGGUGUUGGGAGGACCACAGCCGGUUUGUUUGUCCACUCCAACCGCUGGUCAUGUUCUUCCAGGAGGUGCUGGGAUGUUCCUUCGUCUUCUUCUGCUGCUUCCGCCCGGCCUCUAGCGGCAACAUCACGGUGGCGGUGAUGCUGCCCAACAACCUCAAGUACCCGUGGGCUCUCCCGCGCGUCUUCCCGGCCAUCCUCAUGGCGCACGAAGACCUCCGCGGCAAACACGGGCUGCUGCUCGGCCGCCGCGUCAACAUCCUCAACUACAGCACCGAGGACCCCGCGGCGGGCUCCUGCGCGGAGAGCCGAGCCCAGGUGGUGGCCGUGGACGCCAAGCUCUACUACCGCCCGGACGCCUUCUUCGGGCCGGGCUGCGUGUACCCGCUGGCCUCCGUGGGGAGGUUCGCGUCCCACUGGAAACUCCCGCUCAUCACCGCCGGAGGACCCGCGUACGGCUUCGACAAGCGCGACGAGUACCGGACCAUCGUGCGGAGCGGACCGUCCACCACCAAGCUGGGGGACUUCACCAACAUGCUCCACUCGCACUUCAACUGGACGUCCCGGGCCGUCGUCAUCUUCCACGACCUGCGACACGACGACAGGCCGCACUACUUUCUCUCCGAGGGGAUUUACCUGAAACUCAAGGAGGAGAUGAACGUCACCGUGGAAGCGCAGCCUUACGAGGAUGACGUGAAAUAUUACAAGGAGCUCAUCAACUUCAUGAAGGAGCGCGGAAGAAUCGUGUACAUCUGUGGGCCUCUGGACACUUUCUUAAGCAUCAUGAAACUCUUCCAGAGUGAGAUCCAAGACCCAGAAAACUACGCCAUUUUUUAUCUGGAUGUCUUCGCCGAGAGCUUGAUGGAGCGCAAACCUUGGCAGAACCCUGACACGGAUUGGAACGAUCUCAUCAAGGUCUUUAAGUCUGUUUUGGUCAUUACAUACCGACCUCCUGAUAACCCCGAGUACAGAGACUUUCAGAGAAGACUCCACGCCAGAGCAAAGAAGGAUUUUGGCGUGCACUUGGAACCAUCACUGAUGGACUACAUCGCUGGCUGUUUUUACGAUGGCUUCGUGCUUUAUGCAAAGGCCUUGGAGGAAACACUGGCUGAGGGUGGAGCACAAAACGAUGGCAUCAACAUCACAAUGAGGACACAGAACCGUCAAAUUUGGGGUGUGACGGGCCUUGUUACCACAGACCACAAAAACGCCAGGGAUAUUGACAUCGACCUUUGGGCCAUGACCAACCACAGCACUGGAGAGUAUGGGAUUGUUGCCUACUACAAUGGAACCAUGAAAGAGAUCAUUUGGUCCCAGACAGAGAAGAUCCACUGGCCCAGUGGAGGACCACCCCUGGAUAACCCCCCCUGUGUGUUUUCCACAGAUGACCCACUCUGCAAUGAUGGUCAGCUGCCAGUUCUGGGAAUUGUCGCAGUGGGAUCUGGCUUGGCGCUCAUCAUUUUUGGAAUCUCCAGUUUUCUCAUUUACAGGAAAUUAAAGUUGGAGAAGGAGUUGGCUGGAAUGCUGUGGCGGAUUCGAUGGGAGGACCUUCAGUUCGAGAGCCCCAAUAAAUACCACAAACGAUCUGGCAGUCGCCUCACCCUCUCACAGAGAGGCUCCAGUUAUGGCUCCCUGAUAACCGCUCACGGAAAAUAUCAGCUAUUUGCAAAAACGGGCUAUUUUAAGGGGAACCUGGUGGCCAUCAAACAUGUCAACAAGAAGAGGAUCGAGCUUACCAGACAGGUUCUACUGGAGCUAAAACAUAUGAGAGAUGUCCAGUUCAACCAUCUUACCCGCUUCAUCGGGGCCUGCAUUGACCCUCCCAACAUAUGCAUCAUAACCGAGUAUUGCCCCAGAGGCAGCCUACAGGAUAUUCUGGAGAACGAGAGCAUCAAUCUGGACUGGAUGUUCCGCUACUCGCUGAUCAACGACAUAGUGAAGGGCAUGAACUAUCUGCAUAACAGCUACUUCGGCUGCCAUGGAAAUCUGAAGUCAUCUAAUUGUGUGGUGGACAGCCGAUUCGUGUUGAAAAUCACCGAUUACGGAUUAGCCAGCUUUCGCUCGUCCUGCGAAAACGACGAUUCCCAUGCCGUCUAUGCAAAAAAGCUGUGGACGGCUCCUGAGCUGCUCAUUUACGACCAGCAUCCUCCUCAGGGGACGCAGAAGGGUGAUGUGUACAGUUUUGGCAUCAUUCUGCAGGAAAUAGCUCUGAGGAACGGGCCUUUCUAUGUUGAAGGCAUGGAUCUCAGCCCCAAAGAGAUCAUGCAGAAGGUCAGGAACGGUCAGAAGCCGUACUUUCGGCCGACGACAGACAACAGAUGUCACUCGGAGGAGCUGACCAUCCUGAUGGACGGCUGCUGGGCCGAAGACCCCACAGAAAGACCAGACUUUGGUCACAUCAAGAUUUACAUGGCCAAGCUCAACAAAGAGGGCAGCACCAGCAUCUUGAACAACCUGCUGUCCAGGAUGGAGCAGUACGCCAACAACCUGGAGAACCUGGUGGAGGAGCGAACACAAGCCUACCUGGAGGAAAAAAGAAAAGCUGAAAAUCUCCUCUAUCAAAUUUUACCGCAUUCAGUGGCAGAGCAGCUGAAGCGAGGAGAGACGGUGCAGGCAGAAGCUUUUGACAGUGUCACCAUUUACUUCAGCGACAUUGUUGGCUUCACGUCCUUGUCGGCAGAAAGUACACCUCUGCAGGUGGUCACGUUGCUCAACGACCUGUACACCUGCUUUGACGCCAUCAUCGAUAACUUUGAUGUUUACAAGGUGGAGACCAUCGGCGACGCCUACAUGGUGGUGUCGGGGCUGCCGGUGCGAAACGGGAAACUCCACGCCAGGGAGAUCGCCGGGAUGUCGCUGGCCUUGUUAGAGCAGGUGAAAACCUUCAAGAUCCGCCACAGACCCAACGACCAGCUGAGACUCAGGAUAGGUAUUCACACAGGUCCAGUGUGUGCUGGAGUGGUGGGCUUGAAAAUGCCCAGAUAUUGUUUGUUUGGAGACACUGUCAACACAUCCUCACGGAUGGAGUCCAACGGAGAAGCUUUGAAGAUUCACGUAUCUUCAGCCACUAAAGAAGUGUUGGAUGAGUUCGGCUACUUUGAUCUUCAACUACGAGGAGACAUAGAAAUGAAAGGCAAAGGGAAAAUGAGAACGUUUUGGCUUCUGGGGGAGAAGACUGACGUGUACGUUAUCUGACAGGAUCAAAGCUUCUUCUUUAUUUCUUCUAGAAUAACACGUCUCUAUGUUGGUCAUUUUUUUAUGCAGAUGAAAACCAACACGACCAAAAAAAAAAAACAAUACACCAGACCAGGAAAAAUCAGGUAUUUUUAUCACCUGAAUGCUGCAAUCGCUAAAAAAAAAAAAAAAAGUAAAACUUGUUUGCUUUUUUUUUUGUAUAAAGUUUUCUGUCCUUCACAGAAAAUAUCAAGAGUUUUUGUGCUUUCUAUAUUUAGAUUUGUAUGUGUUUUGAUGUAAUAUUUCCUGUUUAUAUUCACGUCCUUUAUUAGCGUUACACAAAUACAAGGUGUACAUAUGUAUAUCCAAAUACUGUAAGAUAU